UCUCCACAUCCGGCCAUGAUUGGGCGUCCCAUUUUGUCCGGGUUUAGCCGUCAUUGUAAAUAAGAAUUUGUUCUUAACUUACUUGCCUAGUUAAAUAAAAAAUACAAUUAUCCAAUUCGCUGCAACGUUGAGCGUCUGAUCAUUGGUAUUUGGCACUUUCGCUAUAUACAGCGACGAGGACAAGGCUCCACAUGAAUUGAGAAAAUAUAACCGUAUUCUAUUUAUGUAUAUUAACCUGGCUAUAUUGCACAUGUUUUUGCAACCAUCAAAUUAUUUUUGAAGGCUUAAUACUUUAUAUUCGCUUGCCAACGAAUCUGCCGCAGCGGUUCAGAGAUAUUUCAAGGAGUAAGAUGGCGGCACCUAGUAAACAGUACGGCCUGAUCAUACCCCAGAAGAGAGCGCCUAAGACAGCCACCUUGCCCAGACCCUCAGUGUUUGGGGAUGACUCUGAUGAAGAGACCUCGGUUGGGGAGAGUUUGCAGAAGGAGGCUCUGAAGAAGAGGAUGAUGAAACAGACACGUCUGGAGAUGCAGAAGGCUCUAGAGCAGGACAGCAGUGUGUAUGACUACGAUGGUGUCUAUGAUGACAUACAGAAACAGAGGCUGGAGAGCAGCAAGAAAAUGCUGGGAGGAACCGACAGGAAGCCAAAGUACAUCAACCAGCUGCUGCAAGCGGUGGAGGAGAGGAAGAAGGAGCAGGAACGAAGAGAUGAGAGGAAGAUCCAGAAGGAGAGAGAGGCGGAGGGAGAGCAGUUUGCAGACAAGGAGGCUUACGUCACCUCAGCCUACAGACAGAAACUCAAGGAGAGACAGGAGGAGCUGGAAAAAGAAAAGCGAGAGGCAGCAAUGGAGGCUGCUCUGGAUGUGAAGAAGCAGAAAGACCUGAGUGGUUUCUACAGACACCUGCUGAACCAGACCGUAGGAGAGGAGGCCAUACCAGACCGCUCUGUACCGAGGGAUCAGAGUUCAAAGGCAGUCAAGACAGAAGCGCCAUCCCCACCGCCUUCACCUCCCUCACAAGACCACGUCCCCAGUUCCCAUAGCGACAGCGAGGAGGGGCAGGAUCAGAAGGCAGGGUUCAGUAAGCCGGCCCCUGGUGCCAAACGCCACUACAGACAGAGGUCCCCUUCCUCUGGGAGUGGAGAAGAGGAGCGAGAGAAGGAUAGAGAGAGAGAAAAGAAGAGACACAAAGAGAGAGACAGAGACCAAGGAAGGGAUAGAGAGAGGGUCAGAGAGAGAGACAGGGAGGACAGGCAUGGUGGACGGAGAGAUGAGAAGGAUGGAAGAAAGGAGAGGGAUAGAGACAGGGAGGAGGACAGGAGCAGGGGGAGGCGGGAUAAAGAGAGAGAGGAGAGACACGGGAAGAGAGAAAGGAGCCCGAAAGACAGAGAGAAGGAGAAUGGGGAGAAAGAGAAACAGAGAGAGCUAGACAAAGACAAGGGGAGAGAAAGGGACAAGGGCAGGGAGAAAGAGAGGAGUAGGGAUGGAGAAAAGGAGAAGACUAUAAGAACCGACGGAAAGGAUGAAAAGGAGGGAGAGGGGUCAGAGAGGAAGGGGAAGGAGGGAGAGGGGUCAGAGAGGAAGGGGAAGGAGGGAGAGGGGUCAGAGAGGAAGGGGAAGGAGGGAGAGGGGUCAGAGAAGGAGGGGUCAGAGAAGAAGGGGAAGGAAGGGUCAGAGAAGGAGGGGAAGGAGGGAGAGGAGAGUAAAGUGAGUAAGUUUGUCAAGCGCAGCAGUGAGCAGACCGUGACCUCAGCCAGAGACCGAUACCUGGCCAGACAGAUGGCACGCUCAGCCACCAAGACGUACAUAGAGAAGGAGGAGGACUGAACACACACAAACUGUGACAGCUGUGACUGUGUGAUGAUAUAGAGGGUGACCGAUGAACUGAGACACGUCAACAGAUGUGUGUGAACUUCGUUCUCUAAUACACUGCACUUGAUGGACCCACCAAAUAAGAGUGUGGUCUCAUGGUUCUACUGUCUGGGGAGAUAGAUGUAAUGGUAGAGAGUGAUUUAAAUGAGUGAAUGCAGGACUUGAGUUAAGUGAGAGGGUGAAUAAGUGAUGAAAAUGUAGUGUGAGUGAGUUGCCCCACACCAGGGAACUAUGUGUUUUUGUUGAAUAUUUCUGUUCUAUUCCAGUUUUUUUUCUCCUGGUGGACAGAACCGUACUUCCUGUUUAUGUUGUGUUAAUAAAUGUCUGAACAUA